GGUAAUAGAAACCUCUAUCAGCUAUUGCUACCGGGAUCGGUUUCUAAACAUCAUAUCAUGAUAAACAUCGGAAUAUGUAAACAUAUAAAUUAGCUCGUAACGAUUCUCUUUAAUGGCACCUUAACCUUAUGGAUUUGUGCCCAUAAUACGCAGCUUGGUUGACAACUAGAUAUAAGAAAUCACUACUAGGUUACUAAGACUUACUUGCUUCACAAUGCCCCAUACAGUUGUAUUAGGCGCCGGCGUCAUCGGGCUAAGCUCCGCUCUGCGCAUCCAGGCCGAAGGCCACGCCGUGACUAUCGUAGCGCGCGACUUCCCCUCCGGAUCCGAAACCAUCGAUGCGCAAAGCCAGAUCAACUACACCUCGCCGUGGGGAGGCGCGCACAACAGGAUCGUACCCCCGACCAACCCCGCGGAGGAAACGGAACAUGCCAUGAGCCUCCGGACCUUCGACCACAUGCGUGCCGUCCAGGCGCGGCAUCCGGAAGCGGGCAUCACUUUCAUGAAGGGCAUCGAGUACCUCGAAGCACCCAGCGAGGCGUACCGUACGCUCACCGAAGAACGGGCGCGCACGCAGCUGGGCAUCAAGGGGUUUAGGGUGCUCAAGGAAGCAGAGCUGCCGGAAGGCGUGAAGUGGGGAUGUGAAUACGAGACGUGGUGCGUCAACCCCAUGGUUUACUGCAGCUUCCUGCUGCGCCGGUUUGCGAUUCUGGGGGGCAAGGUCCUACGCAGAGAAGUGAGAGACCCGAGAGAAAUAUUCUCCUGGAAAUUUGAAGCGGGGCCUGUUGAUGUGUUAAUCAACGCUUCUGGACACGGGUUUGGAGACGACAAUAUGUUUAUUACCAGAGGUCAAACGUGCCUUGUUGCCAACGCGUGUCCUGUGACCGUCACGCGGCAAAAUGCAGACGGCUCGUGGACAUUCUGCGUCCCACGGAAUUUCGACGGCGGGACUAUUAUCGGCGGCACCAAGGAGGCCAAUAAUUGGGACCCGAAUCCAUCGCUGGAAGUUCGCGAGACCCUGUUGCGGAAAUUUGCCGCUACUUACCCUCAGAUAUUGGGGAGCGAAGGCAAGUUUACUGUGAUGAAGGAUAUUGUAGGUCGACGGCCAACUCGCAAGGGAGGUAUGCGACUGGAAAAAGAAGAAGUAGUUGACAGGCAGACCAUCAUCCAUGCUUACGGUCUGGGUGGACGAGGCUACGAGCUGAGUUGGGGCGUUGCAGAUGGGGUCGCGCGGCUACUGGCAGAACACUUGGGCGCCGACGCGUGGAGAAAAGGAGAAGCGAAACUUUAAUAUCUCGCUGGUUGGUUUUGCAACGAACGUGAUAAAAAUCCACGAAAAGUAAAAUGCAACAGAAGCAGCGGUCACAUUCAUCGGGACCAGACAGUUAGGUGUUACGAACGAGGAGUAAAGGAUCAGCUCAGUAGGAAUCUUCUCAGCGGGCAUCGUUUGUCUGAUGCUAUAGCAAAGUAUUAUUGUUGCUGUUUGUCACCUCGUAAAGAGAAUGACUGCCUAACCUAAGGAUAAGCAGCCCGUGCUUCGUACAUCUUCCCAUGAUGGCGUUUGUGGCUUUCACUGCGUGCAUAGGCCCACCCUUUAACGAUCUAGCACCUGCAAACGGAGAUGGUUGACAGAAAGCAAAUU